AUGCAGCUUGGGCCAAGUGGAAAGUUAAGGUCGACCCUGUUGAUUGGCGGCAUGCUGCUGAUGGGCCUGGUUUUGGUGGAGGGCAAGGAUGCGAGUGCCCAGGAUGCGCCGCAUGUGCGACACAAGCGCGGAAUCUUCUGGGACUUCUUCCAGAAGAUGGUCAUCACCAAGAAUCUCAUAGUGGAUCAAUACACGGACACGCGCAACACGCUGAACGACAUCUACAAUACUGUCAACGAACAAUUCAGUGAUCCAGGUCCCGAGAAACCCACCAUUCGUCCCCGGGUGACAACGGAGAAGACUUCCAUUAGUGGCGAGGAGAGUGGCAGCAACAGCGAGGAGCCCACGACCACGGAGGCCUUCCAGAUCUCGCGCUAUGAACUGGGUCGCAUUCUGGGCCGGAACUUCCGGGGUCUUCAGAAGUUGGCCAUGAGCGAGUUCAGCACGGCCCUGAACGCCACCAAGUACAAUCUGGCCGAGUACAAAUCCGAGGCGGAUAAACAGUUUGCCAACAGCUUGGCGGUGGAGAAGAAGAACAAGCUGAAGAGUCUCACGGGCUGAGCCACGCCCCCUUUUCCCAGUGCCUACUGAUAGUUAUCUCUGUGAUAGGCUGAUGACUGCAUAUUCCCCGUAAUUCUAUUUUUUUUUUGCUUAUUUAUUUGUUCGCCUCCCGACAUCGAAUAAAAAGCGGAUGUGGAUGCGGUUGGGGAAAGUGUCCCCAAACGCAUACGGAUUCGUGUCUACGACUAUUGUGUGUCAAAUUAAAAAGUUUUCUGUCAUAAUUUUAUUGAUAAACUUUUAAGUUAAAAAAGAA